AUGGAUGAACUGGACCGCAAAAUUAUAGCCUUGUUGCAGUUGGAUGGCAGGGCCUCGAACGCCAAGAUCGCGCGAGAAGUGGGAGUAAGCGAAGGCACAGUACGCCGCCGGCUGCGCCGACUGAUCAAGGACGACGUGGUCAAGGUAGUCGCGGUGCCCAACCUGGAAAAGCUGGGCUAUGCGACCACUGCGCUGAUCGGGCUGCAAACCGGGCCCGGAAAGUCGGAUUCCGUUGCCGAGGCGAUUGCAUCGCUGGACGAGGCGCACUAUGUCGCCAUAACCACGGGCGCCUUCGACGUGUUCAUCUGGGCCGGGCUGGAAUCAGCAGAGAACCUGGGUAAUUUCCUGCGCACCAAGGUAGGGGUGGUGGACGGCGUGCAGCGAACCGAGACGUUCGUAAACCUGUCGAUCAAGAAACGGACCUAUGGCCUAGUCCUCUAG